AUGAUGCCCUUUGCUAGGUAUCUGAAAGGCAAUUUCGCCCCUAUACACAGCAUAAAAUCUGCUGCAUCUUGUGAUUACAUCGGAGACAUUCCAGAAGACCUCGUUGGCGGUCAGUACGUCCGCAACGGGGGCAAUCCGGUGACAAACAAUGAUUUAGCACGAGAUUUUCACUGGUUCGAUGGAGACGGCAUGCUCAGUGGUGUCUUUUUCAAGGCAGACGAGAAGUUCGGCAUCCAACCUCAAUACGUAAAUCGAUACGUCUUGACAGAUGUUUUUUUGGCUGCCGAAGCAUGUCCCGAACUGCGCAUCCCAAUAUUGCCCAGCAUUGCAACGUUGAUCAACCCAAAGGCGACUUUGGGUUGGAUUUUCUUCGUAAUAUGUCGAACGCUCUUUUUCAUUCUGCGGUCCUGUCUCAAAAACCCUUCAAGCGCAAUAACGAAGAUAAGUGUAGCCAACACCAAUGUCAUUUAUCACGAUGGGCGUGUUCUAGCCACAUGUGAAAGUGGACCGCCAAUGAGGGUUUCUUUACCCAGCCUUGAAACGGUUGGAUGGUUCAGUGGCUGGAAAGCGGAGGGCGAGCCGCUGAAAUCGGCUCCUUCACCUGGGAUUGGGGGACCCGGUAUAUGCGGCUUUUUGAAAGAAUGGACUACUGCACAUCCCCGGAGAGAUCCGCAUACGCAAGAACUAAUGCUUUUCCAUUCGACAUUCAUCGCACCCUUUGUCCACUACUCGAUUAUUCCGACCUCGAAAAUGAAGAACAGAACAUCAGGGCCUGCAACUCCCAUUCUGAACAUGCCUGUCCCAGGAAUUCAAUCUCCUAAGAUGAUGCACGAUUUUGGUGUAUCUCGCACGCAUACAAUCAUUAUUGACAUUCCCCUUUCGCUUGAUCCAAUGAAUCUUCUUUACAAUAAGCCAGUAGUCGCUUAUGAAUCUGAGGGACGUACACGCUUCGGCGUGUUUCCAAGGCGAAGUCCACAUCGAGUACGGUGGUUUGAAACCAAAGCUUGCUGUAUAUUCCACUCGGUCAACACCUGGGAUGAAGUGGAUACGCUUUCGGGUGCUGUUACAGCUGUGAACAUGCUUGUGUGUCGUAUGACCAGUCCUGCAAUGAUUUUCACCGCAGGAAACAUCUCCCCACCGGUACCUUGCCAUGUUGGUGAAGAGGAAUGUCGACUAUACUAUACUCAAUUUGGUUUGAAUCAAUUUUCGAAUACAAUCAACCAUCAGUGGGCACUUUCCGCUAUACCUUUUGAAUUUUCGCAUGUUCCCAAACACCUCACAAUGUCUGCAACCCAGUUUGUCUACGGCUGUUCUUUAUCGAAAGGCACAUUUACUGCGGCACUUGGACGAGCGACCAAAAUUGAUUGUUUAGUGAAGCUGGAUGUCAGUUCUCUGAUUAAGAAGGGUCUUGGACAGCCACCUGUUCCUGUGACCGGCUGUGUGGAUGACCGGUCCGUUCAGGAAAUCCUGGAUCUGAAAGAUCCAAAUGAUCCUAUCAAAGUAUUCCAGAUCCCUGAUGGAUGGUAUGCACAAGAAUGUAGUUUCGUUCCUCGGAAUGAAGGAACGUCAGAAGAUGAUGGAUGGCUUUUGACCUUCGUUUUUGACGAAUCCCAACUCGACGUGGAGGGAAAUGCAUUGGAUAAUGCCCGUAGUGAGCUAUGGGUCAUUGAUGCAAAGGGAAUGCAAGACUUGAUCGCUCGGGUUUUGCUGCCUCAGCGAGUGCCGUAUGGACUACAUGGAAGCUGGUUUCCCAAGGAGGAAAUCUGCAAACAGCGGCCUGUGGAGAGCUACCGGGAAAGUCUGAACUAA